AUGGAAUUGUAUGAAAGUUUUGAUAAAUAUGAUUCGAAUAAAACUGUCGUAUACAACAACUCAUAUGGUGAUGAUAUGGUAAUCGGUGAAGAGUAUAACAACGCAAGUGUUAACAAAACAAAUAUAUCAUGGAGCUACGAUGGAACUUGCUCACCAUCAUCAUCUGGCAGCUUCUUAUCGACACCAUUUUUUCAAUUUUGUGUGUACUUAAUGUACUGCACUGUAUUUGUUAUUGCUUUAAUCGGCAACGGACUAGUAUGCUUCGUAGUGCAGAGUUCACCGCGAAUGAAGACUGUUACCAACUACUUCAUAAUGAACUUAGCCAUUGGAGAUAUUUUGAUGACUCUGUUUUGUGUGCCCUUCUCUUUUGUGUCAACAUUAGUGCUCAGAUACUGGCCUUUCGGCAUUGUUAUGUGUAAAAUAGUCAACUAUUCUCAGGCAGUGUCAGUGUUAGUUAGUGCAUACACUCUAUUAGCUAUAUCCAUUGACAGAUAUAUGGCAAUUAUGAGGCCUCUAAGACCUAGGUUAGGCACAACUGCUGCUAAGCUAGUGGUAACUGCGGUUUGGGGAGGAGCUUUGUCCACAGCGGCUCCUAUUUUCAUUGUAUCACAAAUACAAAGACCGACUGAAUGGCAUGAGUAUUGUAAAGCUGAUAUUUGCCUCGAGCACUGGGAGAAAGCUGGACAAAACGAGCAGUACUCAUGCGCUCUUAUGAUCCUUCAAUUUGGUUUACCGCUAACUGCUUUAGUGUGUACUUACGCACGCAUAGCUCACGUGGUAUGGGGUGGACGACCCCCAGGAGAGGCUCAAACGGCAAGAGAUAUACGAAUUCAGCAUGCCAAACGUAAGAUUUUAUGGACAGUCCACGAAACAGACGAGGCGUGGGCGACGUGGCCGGGCAUGCCCUACGUGUGGUUCGUGGCGCACUGGCUGGCAAUGUCGCACUGUUGCUACAACCCCAUCAUAUACUGCUACAUGAACGCCAGGUACCGGCGGGGAUUUAAACAGGUGCUGGGAAACUUUCUGCCUUUUUUAAAUCAUUCAUUGAGACUGAGGCAGCGUUCAAGCACGUGUGACGGUAUUCCCAUGUCCGCACGACAUGGGACCAGCAGUAGCGUGAGUCGCCUGCAGCGGGAUGCCACGUGCUCCUCCAACACGUCACACUGUGCCAAUAUCCUGUCUAGAAACGCAUCCACUGCGCCUGUACAAGCACUGUCAGUCCGCACACAAUUCCAA